AUGCGCCGGGUGCCGUGCGAGGCCCACCCUACAACGGCCGCGGCACUAGAAGCGCCAGUCGCGGUGGAACAGCCGCUGUGUCUGGACCACAUUCCAUCUCCGAGGGUCAGGUACAGCUUUCACAAGGAGGAGGACAUGGGCAAGUUGGUUUUCAUCUGGGAAAAGCCCUUGCGAGCUAGCGCCCGUGCUGCGGCUUGGGCGGUGGAGUACCAUGGGCACACUCGACGACUUGCGACGAGACCAAUGACCCCUCCUCCUCCUCCUCCUGGUAUAACUCCCCUGCCGGCUCGCGCACACAAGAGAAAAGGGGACACUCAGCUCUUUCUGCACGCUAAAAAGAAAGGGCCCGCCGUCGAGAAUCCCAGAUGCUUUGAGCUUCGACCUGGACUCUCCACCCCGCUUCCGGACAUCCUCGCCCUGCGGUUCGAGACAGAGAGCAAGUGA